AUGAGAUCUUUCAUUAAAACCCACCGGCGAGCUUCUUCACUCGAUAAUAGUCCGAAUAAAGCUACACAUGAAAGUCCCGAGAGUCGUAGGAAUUCGCAAGGCUCAUUCGGCACAGAACUUGGGUAUCCAUCAAGUAUAGUACUCAAACAAUCCUCGAGUUUCGAACCCCUCCAAAAGCUGACGAACAACAAAAUCUUCACCACAAAACUUUUUAGGAAGAGUGCUAGUGGUAAGAACUUAUCCGGGAACAACUCUCCACUUCUAAGUAAUCAAGAAGCAGACACAUUCGUACAUUCACAUGCCAAUAUAUCCUCCAAUUCAGAAGGUAUACCGGCCAUCAAAGGAACGAGAAAGCAUGAAUGGGGGGACAAUGAUGACAUGUCUGAAUCUGUGAUUCUUUUGAACCGGACUUCCAUUUCAUCUAUGUCAGACAGUAACCAAGGUACUCCAGAUAAUGAGAUUGUUAGAAUAAAACAUUAUUCUCCUCAAAUUGAUCAGAAUCCGUCUUUUAACCAAGCUCUGAAUGAAGAAACAGCAGAUUUACUUGACAAAGACCGUGAAAAAAUCAAGGAUUUGUCAAGACGUUCUUCGAUAAGAAGGAGUCAAUCCUUGAAAAAGAAGCAGAAUAGGCUUGCUAGAAUACAUUCUCAUGACGACAUUUUAAACUUACGAAAUCAGAGUUCCUUUAGCACCGAUUUAUUGGGAAGCAACUUUAGUCCCAUACCUGAAAAAUCUAGGAAUGGCUCGCCGUUACCCAAGUGCGAAAUGUCUCCUAUGAGGGAAUCGUCUUCUGAAAAGUUGCUGUCAUUUGUGGCAAAAAAGACCCCAGAGUUAUCAUUUAUCAUAGGAGCCAGUACCGAGGGCGAUAAUGUUAGCCUGGACAACGACACUAGUGAAGGGAGGAUUUCUUUCGAAAUAAAACCUGAAAUAUCAAAUUUCUGUAGUGAAGAUAGGUCCCCUCCAACAUCUUGCUCUGUAGGUAGAGAUGAUAGUAGGAUUCAGAAAGAGAAUCCACCCUCACAGCAUGAUAAAGAAGAGGGAGAAGAACAGAAGGAGUAUGCUGAAGAGGAAGAAGAAGAGGAAGAAAGAGAGGAAGAAGAUGAAUCAGACUCAUCCUCGAAAUUUUCUUUCGAAAAUGGUAACGGAUUGACUGGAAGGACAUCGUCGCUCAAAUAUUAUUCUACAGAGAAUACAGAGAAUAACGCCCCACAACUAUAUGUGAAUGAUAUAUACGAAAAUGAUAACUUUGAUGACGAAAUGAACUACUUUGAUUCAAAUGAAGAUGACUACGAAGAUAUGGAUCAUCUCUAUGGCGAAGAUACUUUAGGACUAGGAUUCUCAGAAAUGUGUUCUUUAUCCGAUAAUGAAGUUGAAGAAAAAAAACACAACGAUACACAACCAGAUAAUUCUUUACCUUCUUCGGGGUCUUCUUUCAAGGACAAAAAGGUUCAAAACAUAUCAGAAUCUACCUCCAAUGAUCAAAGAAAGAAAAAAAUCCAUCAGCCAACUUCUUAUGCUGAUAUAUAUAACAUAACUGAUGAUGAAGGCUCAGGAAAUGAAGGAAAAUUGCCAGACAAAGCACCGAUUUUGAAUGGUGAAAAAUAUAUAUCUGAAGAUGAGGUAAACUUGGACGAAGAAGAAGAAAAAGAAGCGUUUACAAAAGUAACAGACGCUACAGAUGUUCAAAGUGAGAAUAAAAGAAGAGAUAAAAUAAAAGUACCAUUAAAAUCAAAAACAGUAACCAAAUAUGCCGAUCUGUUUAUGUUAAGUGACAAUGAAAGAUCCACCGACUCAGAGGAAGAGCGCUUUGAUGAAGAUUAUGGAGAACAACCGCUCAAAGAAAAUUCAAGCAGAAACAAGCUUUUAUAUUCAAACCUGAGUCCAGAAGGCUCUAUGAGUGUAACGCCUACAAAGCUCAGAUCACCAAAAAGAUACAUGGACGUCUUAAGCCUUAAUAACACACCUUACGCAUUCAAGACUCCCGAAAGAAAGACAAUGUCUUCUCCAUUACAUCAACCGUUAAAAUACCAUGGUAUCAGUAGUGCAUUAGAUAACGAAGUUCAAGGGAGCAUGAGUACACUGUACUACAUCGAUGAAGUUGAUGAGGAUCAGUUCAUCGAAAAUUCAUUAGAUUCAGAAGAUUAUUAUCUUGAUGAAAUCAAUGGAAUACCGGAGGACUAUGAAUUUUCAGAUACGGAAUCAGAACCUGUUCAGACAGUUUCACCAUUCCGUCCAUUAAAUAGGGCCAAUUUCGGUGCAUUUAGAAGAACACACAGCUACUCAGACAAACCCCAAGGUGUACUGAAAGAAAAUACUCCUGUGAAGUACAAAUUAGAAAUUAAGAACAAGACAGUGACUUUUUUCGAUCAUAAUGCUGUACAGAGGUCUUAUUCCGACCCAUUUAGUUCGCUUAUCUCAACCAACUCAAAAAACUUAGAUAAAAACAACGAAGAUCAAAUAUUGGAUAAUAGAGGGCUUGGCGUCCCUGUUACUCCUAGCAACUCUUUCACGAAACCUUCACCUAACUUCACCCAAAAUGCUUCCCUAAGCCCAAUCCAAGAAUCUACAACAUCUUCAGAUGCUUCUCCCAGGCCCCUAUGA